GGGUUUCAUGGUGAGCUUCUACAACCAAGAACAUUGAGCUGUAUGCUGACUUGCCCCGGAACUCUGAACUUGUCCGAUUCUUAAGCCUUGAAUUCUACAACAACGAACUAAGCACAGCACCAGGCAGGGACUCGCCAUUGCCACUUGGAUUUCGUCAAGCUCUGCUGCAGAGUCUCUCACACAGGAAGUGGUCCAAACCUGAGCCAACCACACUAGGAGAGAAAAUUCGCCUAUGUUACCUCGAGGUCCGUCCUGAAGCAUUGGAGUCCAACGAGAGGAGAUCGAUCGUGAUGCUUGACUAUGUUGAAGUCUUCUUCGCUUCCGUCUUUCCGGCGCUGCAAGAGCACUUCCGCGAACGCACGUCAAAAGAGCUGAUCGUGAUCGUGGCUUAUGCUUAUGCGAGAACAAAGUAUACUGAGUGUAUGCAUGGCCUGCAGGAGGAGCAAGGUUUGGACAACGACUGGUAUCCACGCAUUAUCUCCGUCGAUGGAUCAAAGGGCCAUACCGCUGCAAUGGCUUUCUUUGAUGGCUCAAUGGAGCACGGAGAUCGAAUGGGCUUCCUGAAGGAUCCCAAGCGCUGCAAUGUGGCAAUGACGCGAGCGACAGAGGUAUUCUGGAUGAUCGGCGGCCCACUGCUUCGCAAAAACUACGAGGACGAUGAGGAGGCUCCCUUCUACAAAUUGAGACAGCAACUUGCGGCUACCGGCCAGGUCAUCGACUUCCCCACGCCUAAGUUGAGGACAAUCGACCUCCUCAAGGCAAAAGCUAAGGCUCGUGAUGGAGAGCCUGCGCAACGUCGCGAUGUCGCGCUGCGUCCCAAACAGCCGGCAUUUCGUCGUUGAGGCUGCAAAACACGCUGAACUUUACACGUGCUUGCAUAGCCUCGCAAGUCCGCAAGGACGCUCCCUGGUUCCGCAGGGUGUGCGUCUCGAAGCGAAUGCAUGCGAAGACGAGUACAAUUUGUGUCUGGAGCAAAGGGUCGGGCUGCAGGUGAUCGAUAGAAGAUCUGGUGGAAGAGCAAGAGACAUGAAAUUUUGUGAGCGACAAUGGCUGCGAUAACAUAAGAGGCGCAUGAUGGCUGAAAAUUGUGCAAGCAAACAGAAGAUGACGAGGGAAGCGUGUUUCACACGAUGGCGAGCAACGCCGCCAACAUUGUACAUCACAAAUUGCAGAGCCAUAAGUAGAACAAUUCAUUCGUUCUACUCUGUAAGACAGGAUCGAGUGGUCUCUGC